AUGUCCAGCACGCGUACUCGAGUCAACGGCGGCACCAAUGGGCCCCUCGCCAGGGUACACGAAAUCCACGUAGAGCGACUCGCCAAAAAGUCGAUAUCGACUGAUCUCAAUGUCUCCGUGCCUGCUGCCUUUUACCAGUCACAAUCCAUCUAUCAGCUGGAAAGGCGAGCGAUAUUUUCGAGACGAUGGUUCCUCGUCUCGCACAAGGCUCGAUACCGCAACACCGGCGACUUUGUGCAGUACGAGAUGGCCGGGUUCAACUUCGUCGUGGUCAAGAACAAGGAGGGGACCCUGGUUGGCUUCCACAAUGUGUGCAGACAUCGAGCGUUCCCCGUCGUACGCGAGACACAAGGCACGGCACGCAUCUUUUCGUGCAAGUACCACGGAUGGUCGUACGACCUGAACGGCAAACUGACCAAAGCACCCCGCUUCACGCCCGAGUCAGUCCCGGCCUUUGAUGCGUCUGCCAUCCACCUGUUCCCUGUCCACGUCCACGUCGACCGCAACGGUUUCGUGUACGUCAAUCUCGACGCGAGUCCCACACCUGCCGUCUCCUGGGAGACGCAGUACGGGGACCUGGAUCGGCAGGAUGUCCUCGUCCACUCUGGCAUCGACUGGGACAAGGUCGAGUACGACUUUACGUGGACCAAGGACGGCGCCUUCAAUUGGAAGGUGAUGCAGGACAAUUACAACGAGUGCUACCACUGCCUCACGGCGCACCCGGACGUCGCAAAGACGACCGACCUCAACACGUACCACGUCUCCCCGGCGGAAAGCCACAAGACCUACAUCGCGCACUUCAGCGAGCCCAAAGCGUCGCUCCUCGCCGAGGCGGCCGGCACGUUCGACUCGACGCGGUUCGACGGCCGGUCCGCCACGCACGUCUUCCCCGGCGGCCAUUUCUCGCCGAACCCAGGGACGGGGUUCAUGCACCUCAUGCGCUCGGUGCCGACGUCGGCGACCACGACCCGCCAGGAGUACGACGUGUACAGGCUCAACACGCCGCGCGCGACCGCCGAAUCGUACGAGCGCAUGGCAAGGUUCUACCGCAAGGUCGUCGACGAGGACUUCGAGCUGUGCGAGCAGGUGCAGAAGAACCUCGAGCGCGGCGUUUUCGAGGCCGGCAUGCUGCAUCCGUUCCACGAAGAAGGGGUCCUCGCUUUCCAGGGCAUGCUGCUCGGCGUGCUCAACGAACACGUCAAGCUCGAAGGAGACGCCGGGAGAGAACUGUGCGCCGCAAAGCCGGCCCCUACGGCGCCACAACGGGGAACCAACGGCAGCGACGUAGCAGCUUUAGCUAAUGGCGCCCACCAGCCCUGUGCGGCUUUGCUAGAUUGUCACACUGCGAAGCUGAAGCAUGUGGAGUGGUAG